GAUUGUUAGGUUGCUCUUCAAGGACCGGGGCUGCUCGAGCGCACCGGUCAGCGGUGCUUCCUCAGAACGCGGAAAUUGACCAAAAGUUCUUCGGAACUUCUGACAGCUCACAACGCUGGGAGCACAGGGAGCUAACAUGACAACAACAUUCCCACGGACAAUGGCGAGCGGCUUGGGCGCCAGCUUCCAGCGCGGAACAGCUGCGUUCGGGCCUUGGGUCGGCGACCCGUAUGUCGACCACACUGGGCUACGCGACCAGAUGGCGACCACGACCACAGCGCCAAACUUUCCGCCCUUCAAGUUUGAGCCGCGGCGGGCUCGGAUUGACUGGCGACUGCUGCACGGCAUCGACAUCAACUCCAUGAUGCGGGACGUGGACCUGGACACACUGGAGAAGAUCGUCAACAUUGUGGCUUUUGGCGACAUCGAGGCGGAGGACACACGCCACCUGACGGAGCUCAACUUCAUCAAGAUUUUCAGGCUCUCGCAGAUGAUGAUCGAGUACCUGCUCUACGUGCAGGACUGCCUGCAGAGCAGCAACGGGUGGCUGCAGCAGGACAGGUCCAACAUGGACAAGUACAUCCAGGCGGCGCGCCUGCGGAUACGGGAGAUGGAGGCGAACAUGAAGAUGAGCAAGCGGGAAUUGAGGCGGGCGCGCAAAACUAUCAAGACGUACGAGCUGCUGGCCGUGCUGAAUGAGGGCAAGGGGCUGAAGUCGGCCACGGGUGUGCCCAUGGCGACUGUCACAGUGGCGCCGGCCUCGCCUCCGCCAGCCCAGCAGACGGCGCGCUCGGAGCAGCCGAACCCGGCGAACGCGGCCAUGGAAGCCCUCUUGCGCAAGGAGCUGUCAAUGCUGGCGGAGCGGCUGAGCCGGGCCACCGUGGAGGCGCAGACGCUGCGGUCGGAGCGGGAUGAGCUGUACCAGGCCGUCAAGGAGCUGGAGACCGUCGUCCGAGCACGCCAGUUCAGCGGACCGUCCAGCCCUCCCGGCUCGGCGCGCCCCACACCAGAGCAGGCGCAGCACAUUCAGUCGCUGCAGGACCAGCUCAACCGCGCCACGGUGGAAAUCACCAAGCUGCGCAACGAAAAGGGCGACCUGGUCGAUGAGUUGGACCGCGUAAAUGGCGACAAGCGCCAGCUGCAGGACGAGAAGGCGCGCCUGCUCACGGAGAUUGCGUCCAGGCCGGGCGACGCCAGCGGCACUCAGACCUCUCCACGUGACGGCGGCGACAACCUGGGUAGCAUGCUGCUGGACGCGGAGCGGCAGAAGGCGAGCCUGCAGGAGCAGCUGGACGAGGCGCGGGCGGAGAUUACGGCGCUGCAGAAGCAGCUGAUGAAGGCCAUGAAGGCCACCGCCUUCGCGCCCAUGGGCGGCCCGCUGCAGUCCCAGGGCUCUGAUGAGGCGGCCCAGCGGGCGCUGCGGGACAUGGAGGCGACCAAGUCGCAGCUGGAGCGGGAGCUGGCGGACAUGCGGAAGACCUACAACGACGAUAUCCGCACGCUGCAGGAGGAGCUGGAGAUCACGCAGGCCAAGGCGGUGGACGCGGAUCGCAAGCUUGCGGAGCUGCGCUCGGGCGGGGACGUACACCAGGCCACGGUGCGUGUAACGCCGGGCGCCGGCGGUUUGGUCAAGGUAGUGGAGGAGCGGCGCCAUAUGGUGGAGGAGCCCGAGGACGACGGCAGCGUCACUUUCGCAGCCAUGCGGCGCCAGAAGGAAAUGCUGGUGGAGACAGAGGCCAUGAACGAGCGUCUCAACACGCAACUGUCUCAGCUCAAGGAGGAGCGCAACGCUCUGGCCUCUGACGUGGAUCGCUUGCGUGCGCAGCUGGACGGCCGCUCGCCCCAGGCACCUGGAGAUCCAAGCAUCGGGCGGGACUGGCGCACGGAAGAGUUGGAGCGACUCAAGCAAGAGCUCGACGGCUCACGGCGGCGCUGUUCGGAGCUGGAGGAUGGGCUGCGUGAGCGCGAUGCGCACAUCGAGCGGCUGCGUGCCACCAUCCGCGACUUACAGAUGGAGCUGGAUGAGCGCAACCGGCGCGCGGAACUGGAGGCGGCGCAGCUGGCAGCGGAGGGCCGUGUGCGGCACCAGGUCAAGGAGUACGAGCGGCUGGCUGGACCGGGCAGCCAGCACAUCAAGACCAGCUCCUUCUCCUUUGUGCCAGACGACAUGCAGCCGGAGCUGCCCGCAGGCGGCGCAGGCGGCAGCGGCCUUGCGUCCAUGCCAUCGGCGGAGACGCCUACAUCGGUGCGCCCCGGCCCCGGCGGCAUGUCGCCGACCUCGCCGCAGCAGGUGCAGCCACGGCGCUCGCCGGAGGCGGGGGGCGGGUCACCAGAGGUGCCCACAGUGCUGGCGUCGCCGCAGCCGCAACGACCCUCGGUGCUGUCUGCCAACAACAGCAGGUGGCUGCAGCGCAUCCCGCGCCCGGCGCCAUCGGAUGCCUACGACAUCCUACAGGGCGUGCUGCAGCAUGUCCAGGGCAAGCAACCUGAGCAGAUCCAGAUGCAGCUACAGGAGGAGAUCCGGCCGCAGACGCUUAACCCCUACGAGUUCGAGGACGACGACGAGGCGCGGUUCCGGUCCCUGCUGCCGCACGAAGUACCGGAGCGCCGCGGCGUGCUGAGCGUGGAGCCACACCAGCUUCAAGACUUGGCGGUGGCUCGCAGCAUGCUGACGGACAACCUGCUGGAGGUGGUGGACGACCAGCUGGCGCAGUUCGGGCUGGACCCGCGCGUGCAGGCGCUCAGCGACAAGACCUACGCCGCCUGCAUGGUGGAGCUGGAGCGUCGCCGCAGCCUUAUGCUGGAGCGCGUGUCGCCGGCUUUGGCCAAGCGGGCCACCGACCUGCGUGACGGGCUGCUCACGCACCUGGAGCUGAUGAAGCGCGAAAUGCAGAAGGAACAGCAGGCGGUGGCGCAGAAGCGGCUGCAGGAGCAGGUGCAGAAGCAGGCCGAGGAGAAGGCCAUUGCAGAGGCUGCGGCCGCGGCUGCAGCCGCAGCUCAGGCAGCUGAGGUGGCGCAGAUGCAGCAGGCGGCCGCCGCGGCCGCGGCCGCACAGCCGCUGGGCGGGGCACCUGCCGGCAACAGCGCCGGUCUCUCGUCAGAGAUCCUGCCGCCAGCGCCUGGCUCGCAGCCGGUGCGCAGUGGCAGCGCCAGCGGCCUGCGCACCGGGUCCACUAGUCUGGUAACGCCUGCCGUGCCCGCGCCUGCGUCUGCAGCGGCGCCGGCAGCUGCAGCCGGAGUGCUUGCAAGCGGUUUGCACUCGUCUGGCGCAACCAGCCAUGUGGAAUCGCCGUCUGUGGCUGUCCCGGCGGCGAAGCCACAGCUUCCCGCCUUCCCGGCACGUCAGCCCAGCAUCGGGCGCAGCGCGCCCAGCGAGACCAACACGGACGAUCUGCGCAGCAUGCUACCUGGCGGCGGCUUUAGCCGGCCCGCCGAGGCUGCCCCCAGUGCCGCCCCAGCAGCAUCCACAGCGGCGGCGGCAGCAACGGCGGCUAGCAGCACCCGUGCAAGCCCCAUUCCUUCGCCGCUCAGCCAGUCGCUGGCGCGGGACACCACCGCCACCGGCGAGCGGCCGCGCUCCACCAACCUCAACGCCUCCAUCACCUCCGUGACCUCGCUCAACAGCAGCAUCCGCACAGGGCCCGGGCGGAGCUCCGUAGCUGUGUCAGGGGCGGCAGGCGGAGGGGCGGGCGCCGCCGCGGGAGGAGCUUUCCCGCAGGCGUUCCAAGGACUGACCAAGGAGGCGGCAGAGGGGCCCGCGGACGUGGUCAGUGGGUUUUCGCGCCCCGCAGCUACGGCCGCAUCUCAGUUGCAGCUGCCGCAGCCGCAGAAGAUUACGCCGGGUGCAGCGGCGGCCGCAGCGGCCGCGGCGCCCAGUGGCAACAUGAACAUGUCCAUCCGGUCCGUACGCCAGUACGAAGAGUCAGAAUAUGACGAAGAAGAGGAUGUAGCACCACCGCAGCCCAAAGCACUGGCCCGUGUGGCCAAGGAGGAAGAUGAUGAGUACGCGGUGACGGAGGACGAGGAGGGGCAGGAGGACGAGGGCAUUGAGGACGAUGAGGAGGGCUUCAGCCCCAUUGGGCACGGGCUUGGCUCAGGUCCGCGCAUCCUGACGCGGGUGCAGUCGCCGCCGCGUGCCGCCGCUGCGCAGCCCAGCCGCCUCGGGCAGCAGCGCGCCGCCGCGGUCGCCGGAAGCAGGGGCUGGGGCAUGGACGAGCCGCUGCAGGCCGCGGCGCCGCCGCCCGUGCCCGCUGCGGCUGCUGCAGGCGGGCGGCCCAGCGAGACGGCCGACACGGGCGAGCUGGAGUCGCUGCAGUCGUUCAACGGCCUCAGCACCUCGCUGCCGCGCGGCAAUCCUGGCGCCUGGGGCAGCCCCGCUGGCACCAUGCGCAAGCAGUCGACCAACGUCCCGCAGCCGCGUGAGCUGUCCAAGCAGCUCAGCACCAGCAAGCAGUCCGGCUGGAAUGAGACCAUCAAAAGCAUUGGCGCUACCAGCAUCGGCGGCGACGAGAUUCAGUCGGUGCAAGACAUUACCGCCAUGGAGUCGUUCACGGGCACCGAGAGCAUCCGCCCGGCGCGGGCCAUGGCCCAGCCGAUGCGCGGCUCAGUACAGCCCGCCCAGCCCGCCCAGCUGAAGAAGCCGGUGCAGUACGACGAUGACGACUUCUCCGAUGUGGAGGAGCUGUAGAGGAGGGGUGGUGGUGCAAGAGGGAGCGUGCGUGGAAGAGCGGGAGGGCAGUGUAUUGGCUGUCGUGGCUGCUGGGGAACGAACGCCAGGACGUGUGAUCCGAGAACGUGUAAUGCAUGGCCGCGUAUGGAUGGCCGCGUGGAGCCGUCGGCCGGUCUCGUAUCAGCCACUGGCAAGGGUCCUGUAUGAGCUUGGCUUUGCGAACAUGCCACCCACUAGUGCAAGACAUCCUGAUGGGUUCCGCACCACAACUCAGGUUCUAAGGGCAUUUCAAGUUCCACAUGUCCUCGCGAGACGGAGCCG